CCAUGUUUUAUUUCAUAGUUUUGAUGUCUUCACUAUUAUUCUACAAUGAAUAAAAUAGUAAAAAAAUAAGAAAAACCCGUGAAUGAAUGAGUAGGUGUGUCCCAACCUUUGACUGGUGCUGUGUAUAUAUAAAUAUACCUAUUUUAAUAUUUUUACAUUCUUUGCUUUCAGGCCCAUGUGGAAGGGGUUGUAUGGGGAGGGUUUUCUUUUCCUGUUGAUACAGCAUUUAUUAUCACUUAAACUCUGUAUGUAUUUCUUACUGGGGUUGUUUUCUUCUUCUUUUGAGUGGCAGCCUACAGGUACAUAAUGGGGUUCACACAAGUAUACCAAAUGUUAUACAAUAUGUAGGAUUUCCCGGACACAGAUUAACUCUAGUCCUGGACUAAAUAGAAUGCUCAAUGGAGAGCUGUGACAUCAUGAUGGACGUCACAUUGUCAUCUAGUGAUUUCCAUUGGCAAAUAUUGACCAAUCCAAAACUAAAAUCAUGGAAAAGAGUUGACAACAAUGACACUGGAACUUGGAAGACAGAUGCCUGAUGACCUGCAUGGUCUGUCUGGAGUCAAGGUGAAUACUUUCUAGGGGAGAAUGAAGGGGUCCAUUGACAUAACCAUAUAUAUAUAAUAACUAGAAAGGAUAAUUCCCUCAGACCACAGCAAUUUGACUGCACCCUCAUGGGUACACCCAAUAUGGCUCAUAGAAUGGGCCAAUACCGUUCUAGUGACUAUAUUUCUAUGGACACAACCCUACCCACUAUACUCUGGGACCUGAGCUUGUAGAGGCAUGGGAUUGUUAAAGAGUGCCAGGUGCCCACUUUAACAAUCCCAUGCCUACUUAUAUAGGUAUGGUAUGUACUGUAUGAGACAGGCUAUUCUAUAAACAGAGGAAGAGAGACAAGCAGACAGACACACGGGCUGUAAGUGAAUGUAGUCUAUACUGAUUUAAGACUCAUUGACACAGGACUAGAAGUCUUUGGUUUAUUACAACUUCCCUUUGCAAUUUCGUCAGCUUUUCUUCAUUGGUAUAACUGAUCAUCUCACUUAGAAUAAGGCUUUGAAGAUGAAGACUCAGGAUCAGGUGUGUGCUACUUUUUUUUCAUUCCUCAGGAGAUGCAGGUGAAGCACAAGGAAUGUCUGAAGAGGCAAAGAGAGGCUGUGAAGCUCCGAAUGAAGAAACUAAGUGCUAAGCAAACUGAAAUCAUUAAAAAGUCCUCAGCAAUGAGGGAGAGUAUAAAGAAGAAGUAUGAGGACAUCCAGAGGGUUCUGAAUGAGGACCUCAGGAUGACUCUGACCCAACUGGAGAUGGAGGAGAGAGCUGCAGUCACAGCCCUGGAGGACCUAAUGGAAAAUAAUUGUAUUAUCAUCCAGGAGAUAGAGCAGGAUCUGGCUAGGCUCAGCGCUGAGCUGGCCCAGGGGGACAUUCUUCUGCCUGAUACAAUGGACACAGAGAUAGAAGGCAGAGUGAUGGAUCUGCUGAGCAGGACAGACCCCAGCAAAGUGAACCUGGAUGAGCCUAAAGCUGACCAAAUUCUCAGCCUCACCAACAAUAUGCUGCUACUCAUCCACUCCCAGACCCCCAUUAUCAAGAGACUCAUCAAGAGCUAUUCUACAGAGGUGUCCCUGGACCCAGAGACAGCGCACCCCAAGCUGGUCAUCUCCCUGCGCGGUGACAGUGCCACCUACACAGACACUUGGCAGGAACUACCAGAGCUCCCAGGACGCUUUGACACCACCCUCAACGUGAUCAGCCUGCAGGGCUUCAGCUCCGGGCGUCACUACUGGGAGAUAGAUGUGGCUGGGAAGACUUACUGGGAGCUGGGCCUCACCUACCCCACCAUCUCCCGCAAGGGCCGGGCCGAGAACUGCUGGCUGGGCCGCGGCUCUGACUCCUGGGCCAUGGAAUUCUUUGACGGGGAGUACACAGCCUGGCAUGGUGGGGUGCCCCACCAGCUGCCUGUCACGAAACACUUAAGCCGUAUUGGGGUCCUGUGUAGUUUCCCAGCGGGCCUAGUGUCUUUCCUGGGGGCGGACAGCAUGACCCCUCUGUUCUCGUUUUGUGUGGGGGCGUUCAAGGACUGUCUCCACCUGGCAUUGUGCCCAGGUCACGACCACAACGGCACGAACGCCAAACCCAUUUUAAUCUGUAACGCACCUCCAACAACUAGUUCUUUCCAGAAUGCCCAAGAAUGCUGACUCUGCUCUUUAUGAUACUCAAAGGGGGAUGAUUCCCUUUUUAAGCGAUUUUAUCUCAACACGUAUUCUGACCUUGAAUUUAGGCAUGAGAAUAGCACACUAUUCACCCGCUUUUCUUUUGGGGUGGAUAUCUAAUCUAAUGAAGGUGUGGCAGAGGUGUCUACAGAUUCGCCGUAUUCUGACCUCGACUUCAUGUCCUAAUAAUUCAGCCACCUUUAUGCAAGAGAAAAAAGUAUCAACUUAAUAUUUUCCAAUAGAAAUAACACCAUUCUCCAUUCAGUGUAAUUCACAAUUUCAUGAGAGCUAAUGAUAAAAGCUAGGUAAAUUAGUAAUCCAUUUGGAUAAAUAUUAAUGAUACUUGUUUUAGAUAUAUUUUAUCUUAUAAUCACUGGAGACAAUUGUGAAACCAGUCAUAUGGCAGCAAAUUUAAGCAUAUCGACAUAUCAACUUUCUCACAGUAAAGAUUCUGAAAUGCAUUAUGCAGAAUUUUAAUUGUACAUCCUUUUAACUUGCAGGGAUGGGCCCUCUUGAAUAUCUUAAUUAUAGGCUACCCCAACUUUCUCUGUUUCCUAUUUCGAUUAUGUUAAAUAUUAGCCACUAUCAGUAUUGACAGUCAGUAGGCUUAAUAACAACACAUCUGCCAUUCUGCCCUUGAGCAAGGCAGUUAACCCCCAACAAAAAUUGCUCCCCGGGUGCCGAUGAUGUCGUUUAAAGCAUCCCCCGCACCUCUUGGGUUAAAUGUGGAAGACACAUUUCGGUUGAAUGCAUUCAGUUGUGCAACUGACUAGGUAUCCCCUUUUCCUUGAAUAACUGAAUGUGGCACUUUUCAGAAUGAAUCAAACCAAUGUCUUCUGUCUUUUGUGAUUCAUAAAUGUGACCGACAGGCUCAAAUCGGGCUUAUGUAGCAAAAUUUGAAAUUGUGUUUUUUACAUUGGAUAAAAGUAGAGACAAAAUGGUAUAUCAUACACUACAGUUGAGGAACAAUGGGAAAGUAAUUUUGCUUUGAAAGUUGAUAAACUUGUAAACUCAUUUUUGAGAAAAUGUCCUUUAAAUGUUUUGGAACUAGUACUGGAGAGCCCUUCCUAGUCAACACCCAUUCAGCAUCGUUCACAACCUCUUAAAACGUCUUAUGGCUAGGGGUACCGGCAUUCCGCUGAAAAGGCAGAGCGCGAAAUUCAAAAAUAUUUUGGGGAAAUAUGUCACUUUCAUACAUUCACAAGUGCAACACACCAAAUUAAAGCUUAACUUCUUGUUAAUCUACCCAUCGUGUACGAUUUCAAAAAGACUUUACAGCGAUAGCACACCAUAUGAUUAUGUUAGGUCAGAGCCUAGUCACAAAAACACACACAGCCAUUUAUCAGCCAAAGAGAGGAGUCACAAAAAGUAGAAAUAGAGAUAAAAUUAAUCACUAACCUUUGAUGAUCUUCAUCAGAUGGCACUCAUAGGACAUCAUGUUACACAAUACAUGCAUGUUUUGUUCGAUAAAGUUCAUAUUUAUAUCCAAAAAUCUCAGUUUACAUUGGCGCUUUAUGGUCAGUAAUGCGAAUUUUCAGAGAGCCACAUCAAUUGCCAGAAAUACUCAUAAUAAAGUAUAAAGUAUUAUGCACAUAAUUAUAGAUAUACUUCUCCUUAAUGCAACCACUGUGUCAGAUUUCAAAAAAGCUUUACGGACACAAAAACAAGCCAUGCAGAUACCCGCCAUGUUGUGGAGUCAGUAAAAGUCAGAAAUAGCGUUAUAAAUAUUCACUUACCUUUGAUGAUCUUCAUCAGAAUGCACUCCCAGGAAUCCCACUUCCACUAUAAAUGGUUGUUGUGUUCGAUAAAGUCCAUCAUUUAUGUCCAAAUACCUCCUUUUGUUAGUGCGUUUGAUAACAAAUCCAAACUCACGAGGCGCGGGCAAGUCCAGGCGAAAGUUCAGACGAAAAGUUCAAAAAGUUAUAUUACAGUUCGUAGAAACGAUGUAUAGAAUCAAUCUUUAGGAUGUUUUUAACAUAAAUCUUCAAUAAUGUUCCAACCGGAGAAUUCCUUUGUCUUGAGAAUUGCAAUGGAAUGCAGGUCGCUCUCACGUGUGGGAGCGUGAUCAGCUCAUGGGACUCUGGCAGGCCUCUGGUUGAUUCAGCUCUCAUUUGCCCCCACUUCACAGUAGAAGCCUCAAACAAGGUUCUAAAGACUGUUGACAUCUAGUGGAAGCCUUAGGAAGUGCAAUAUGACCCCAUAGACACUGUAUAUUCGAUAGGCGAUGAGUUGAAAAACUACAAACCUCAGAUUUCCCACUUCCUGGUUGGAUUUUUCUCAGGUUUUCACCUGCCAUAUGAGUUCUGUUAUACUCACAGACAUCAUUCAAACAGUUUUAGAAACUUCAGAGUGUUUUCUAUCCAACACUACUAAUAAUAUGCAUAUAUUAGCUUCUGGGCCUGAGUAGCAGGAAGUUUACUCUGGGUGCGCUUUUCAUCCGAACAUGAAAAUGCUGCCCCCUAUCCCAAACAGGUUGCUUUAGCCCCACCCAUCUCUUUAAGGGUUGAUCCAAGCUUCCUGUACUACCAACAGCAAUCAAGCACCCAAGCUAACUUGCUAGUUACUUCCAGACACAAAUGAGAGAACAGCUCACUCAACAUUACUCGCCCUAGCAGAGCUGGUUAGGCUGUUAUGUUAUCCAGAGCUUUGGUGACUGCAACUGUGCUGUCAGAUUAUCGGAGCGUUCAGAGCGCACACUGGACGCUAUGGCCGAUGAGUAGGGUUGAUCUGAACGUUCUGACCUCACAGUAGUGAAGCACCCAAACUAACUGGCUAACAUUGGCUAGCUUGCUAGCUACUUCCAGACACAUAAUGAGAGAACAUCCCACUCUGACCACUUAUUUUGUGGUCCCAAAAAGAGACGGAGGAUUUCAACCGAUUCUGGACCUCCGCAACCUCAAUGGGUACUUGAAGGUACUGAGGUUCCACAUGUUGUCCCCAGCCGUGUGUUGCAGGCUGUGUCCAGGGACCAGUGGUUUGUGACGCUGGACCUGAGGGUUGCGUACUUCCAUGUUCCUGUUCACCCAGCUCAGUGGCAGUACCUUCGAUUCGCUUUCGAAGGGACGGUUCUUCCCUUCAGUCUCUCCUUGGCACCCCGCACUUUCACAAAGUGUUGAUUCCCAAUUACCUGGACGAUUGACUGAUUUGUGCCCUGACCAGGACACAGGUCCUAUCAGACAGAGACAUGCUCCUGACCCACAUCGGCGGGCUGGGUAUUACUGUAACCGACAAGAACAGUCGUCUGACGCCCACCCAGAGAGUGGCCUUCAUUGGCAUGGAGCUGGACUCAGUCCUCAUCAGAGCACGCCUGUCCACCAGAAGGGUUCAGGCAAGCUCACCUUGCCUCGAUCACUUUUGGAAGGGGCGGGUGGUAUCCGCCCUAACCUGCCAACGCCUGUUGGGCUUACUGACAGCGGCCUCAUUGUUGAUUCCCCUGGGCCUGCUCCAUCUCCGGCCUCUUCAACAGUGGUUCAACUCCCACCGGCUGCACUCGAAGUGCCACUGUCACCGCCAGCUGCGGAUGACCACACAGUGCCUCAUGGCAUUGUUGAGGUGGCGCUGUCACUCCUUUCUCUCAGGUGAGGUGGAGAUGCUGAGGAUGUGCUGCCGGCAGCUGGUCAGCACUGCAUUGUCGUCACCUUUCGUUUAUUCUUUAUUUGUUUUGUCUUUGCUAAAGUUUCUUUAUUCUUUAAUGAAUAUGUGGAACUCAACGUACGCUGCGCCUUGGUCCGACAGUUAUUAUUACGAACAACGUGACAGUUCUUGUAACGGGUGACGCUCUCCUCAUCCUCGGAUGAGGUGAGGAGAGAAGGAUCCUCAGACCAAAACGCAGGCUUUGGGAAAUAAGCCAUCUUUAUUUAACAACGAUGAUGGCAACACGAAACGAAACAAAACACUUUCAAACUACAAAACAAGAAAACGACGUUGAACGAAACCUGAACAUAAACUUACAUAACUAAACAUAAACUUACGUACAGGAAACGGACGACAUCGAAACGAAACAAACAAACGCUACAGUCCCAUGUGGUACGAACAUACAUACAGACAUAGGAGACAAUCACCCACAAACAAACAGUGAGAAUGCCCUACCUAAAUAUGACUCUUAGAGGCAAACGCAAACCACCUGCCUCUAAUCAAGAGCCAUACCAGGCAAACCAAAACCAACAUAGAAACAGAUAACAUAGAAUGCCCACCCAACCUCACGUCCUGACCAACUAACACACAAAAACUAACAUAAAUAGGUCAGGAACGUGACAGUACCCCCCCCACAAGGUGCGAACUCCGGACGCACCAGCACAAAGUCUAGGGGAGGGUCUGGGUGGGCAUCUAACCACGGUGGUGGCUCAGGCUCCGGGCGCGGUUCCCACCCCACCAUAAUCCAUCCUAGCCUCCUCCCUCCAAGCAUGUCCACCCUCUUUCUUCCCCCACAAAAUCCUCUUAAUAACACAUCUAAUAAUGACAACACCGGGACAGAGAGAUAAAUCAAGACAGAGGGAUAGAUAAGAAUAUAGAAGUAGAUAAAGAUCGAGAGGGAGAUCAGGAUAGAGGGGCAACUCCGGACUGAAAGGCAGCUCCGGACAGAGAGACAGCUCUGGACUGAUGGGCAGUUCUGGGUAUCUAGCCUUUUCAGGCUGAAGGUCAGCUCAUGGCUGACUGACGAAUCUCGACGCUCAUGGCUGGCUGACGGCUCUCGACGCUCAUGGCAGGCUGACGGCUCUCGACGCUCAUGGCAGGCUGACGGCUCUCGACGCUCAUGGCGCU